CCACAAAAUCCUUGUACACAAUCCUGCUGCAAAAGCAGCUUCACUUAGUGGGGCUCGGUGAAGUCUACAAGAAGUUGAAUAUUGUAAUAUUGACUGGUCGUAGCAUAUCAGUAAAAUCAAUAUCCUGAAUGAGAGCGGGAGUGUUACAGUGUUGAUAUUCAUAUGGUAUGGUGUAUCAGCAGAUGCCGUUGUUUAGCGGUUUCUCUUAAAACAUAGCGAUGGAAGACAGGGCUACCCGGGUUGUUGAAACUGUAUGGCUAUUCUGGGCCUUCCAUUUUGUAGGGUUUGUGAAUGGCAUCCUGGGACCGACCCUGCUAGAUCUCAAGGAAAUUGUCCGUUCGAGCAUGGAGGAGAUGAGUUACAUCUUCUUUGUUCGUGGAGCAGGCUUUGUUGUGGGAGUAGUCCUAUCCUAUGUCCUUGAACAAUGCAUGAGUACGAGGCUCAUUCUGACGUGUUCUCUCCUCAUUGGCUGCACAGUACAGUUCGCACUUCCGUAUGGAACCGUCUUUUACUGUCUGGCCGUGGCGUUCUUUAUCAUGGGUGUUACUGCGGGAAUAAUUAACAAUGUGACAAUAUCAAUAUGCAACAAGUUGUGGCCAGAGAAGAAAGGAGUCCCUUUUCAGUUCGUUGUAGUUGGCAGUGGAAUUGGCUCCUUCCUUGCUCCCUUCUUGGCCACACCCUUCCUCGCCAACACCGACUCCUCGGACGACGACCUCUGGAUAACGAAUACCACCAUCGCUGAUCAUCUCCGAUCUUAUGUUAAUGGAACACAGUCACACACUCCCCUUGACCAGUCACGUGUUCAGUAUGUGUACAUGAUCGCCGGUCUUAUCUGCGUUCCACCCGUGUUUGCGUUUACGUACUAUCACUGGAAAAGGAAAUCUAAUCCACUUAUAAACUAUGAAAAUAUUCAACAAACAGAUAAACAAUUAUAUUCUUUGAGAACAGUUAUAUUUAUCGCUCUUCUUUGUUUUUAUCACAUAACAGUACGUGGCGUUGUGCUUGCUUACGGUGACCUAUUGACCCCUUAUGGUGUUGACGUUGGCCUUCACCUUUCCAAGUUUCGGAUGGCAAUGAUGACGUCGAUCUUUUGGGGAUGUUUUCUCCUCGGGAAAAUACUCAAUCUCCUCUUGUCGGACUUUUUUCAAAUUUCGUCCUCAUUAGUUUAAAUAUCAGUUGUAUGUUUAUUGCAUGUGUUAUUCUCUCAGCGGCGGGACACAGUCAUGAAGUGGUAUUGUGGAUGGGAACAGCUGUGAUGGGAGUG